AUGGAAGUCGGUCAGCAGCCAAGAUGGAAGUCGCCGCAUGUUAUAGCGUUACGCGCCCCAGCAACCCCUUCAAACGAGCAGUCUCGUCGCCGUCGCCGUCCCCGUCCGCGUAGCAGAAGGGCCAUGGCCGCCCUCAAGAACUUUUGCGCAAACGUCUUCUACUGCUGUACCAGCCGUAACACGGUCGACUACGAGAAUGUCCUGGCAGACAGCGAGCGCGAGGCAGUCACCGACUUGCUGAACUUCCUCGAGAACAGGCAGGAGACCGACUUCUUCACCGGCGGUCCUCUCAAUGCCCUCAGCACUCUGGUCUACUCACACAACAUCGACCUGCAACGAAGCGCCAGCUUGACUUUUGCCGAGAUCACCGAGCGAGGUGCGUUGGACUUCAUGAGCUCCUCCAUCGUCAUGCAUACUAACGCUACCUGUCGCANNGAUGUGCGCGCUGUGGAUAAGAACACGCUCGAGCCCAUCCUCUUCCUUCUCGAGAGCAGCGACAUUGAGGUUCAAAGAGCUGCUAGUGCCGCCUUGGGAAACCUCGCCGUAGAUGGUAUCCAAACCACAUCCAUGCACUCUCUUGCCAGGACUAACACAGACUCUCAGNCACACAACAAGAUCCUGAUCGUCCAACUAGGAGGCCUCCAACCGCUGAUUAGACAAAUGAACUCGAGCAACGUCGAAGUCCAGUGCAAUGCUGUCGGUUGCAUCACAAACCUAGCUACCCACGAAGACAACAAGGCAAAGAUUGCUCGUUCUGGUGCUCUGGCUCCCUUGACGAGGCUAGCAAAGUCCAAGGACAUGCGUGUCCAACGGAAUGCCACUGGCGCCCUGCUGAACAUGACCCACUCAGACGACAACAGACAACAGCUCGUCAACGCUGGCGCAAUCCCCGUCCUCGUCCACCUCCUGACCUCGCCUGAUACCGAUGUCCAAUACUACUGCACAACCGCUCUCAGCAACAUCGCCGUUGAUGCCUCGAACCGCAAGCGCCUCGCACAGACAGAAACCCGUCUUGUUCAGUCAUUGGUCAACCUCAUGGAUGGCCAUGCUCCAAAGGUGCAAUGUCAAGCCGCUCUUGCGCUGCGCAACCUCGCCUCGGAUGAGAAAUACCAGCUCGAGAUCGUGCGCAAUGGUGGUCUCGGUCCUCUUCUCCGUCUCCUCCAGUCGGCUUUCCUCCCCCUCAUCCUUUCCGCCGUCGCCUGUAUCCGUAACAUCUCGAUUCACCCCAUGAACGAGUCUCCCAUCAUCGAUGCCGGCUUCCUCAAGCCGCUGGUACAUCUUCUUGGAAGCACCGACAAUGAAGAGAUUCAAUGUCACGCCAUUUCCACCUUGCGCAACCUUGCCGCAUCGUCAGACCGCAACAAGCAACUCGUCCUAGAAGCCGGUGCUGUCCAAAAGUGCAAGGAGCUUGUCUUGGAAGUUCCGGUUAACGUCCAGAGCGAGAUGACUGCUGCUAUUGCUGUUCUCGCUUUGAGCGACGAGCUGAAGCCUCAUCUGCUGAGUCUUGGUGUAUUUGACGUUUUGAUCCNNCCCCUGACCGAGAGCGAGAGUAUCGAGGUCCAGGGCAACAGUGCUGCUGCUCUGGGCAACCUGUCAAGCAAAGUCGGAGACUACUCCAUCUUCAUGACCAACUGGAACUCUCCUUCUGGAGGUAUUCACGGCUACCUGUCUCGUUUCCUCGCAUCUGGAGAUCCAACCUUCCAACACAUCGCUAUUUGGACUCUGCUACAACUUCUUGAGAGCAACGACACUCGUCUCGUCAGCACCAUUAACUCUGCCGAGGAUGUCAUGCAGAUGGUCCAAGACAUUUCGGAGAGACAGGUCGAGAGUGACGCCGAGGAUGGCAGCGAAGAUGGCGAAGCCGAGGUGGUCGGACUCGCUCGCCGUUGUCUUGAGAUUUCCAGCGGUGACGGCAACAAGAAAGCCCUUUCUGAGGGAUGA